UCCAGUGUCCUGUAUGUCAAUCACAAUUGACACGCAACGGGUUACAUUGGAGCAAACCUUUGAACGACAUUGUCAGUCAAAUCAGGUUAUCGAUCUGUCAGUCUUCCAGAACUGAAUUUGAAAAUCUAGCAGAGAAGGAAGCGUUUCAAAAACUUCAGGAAUCUAUGGAGUCAAAAAUGUUAUGCCAGGGAGGAAAUUUCGAAGAUCUGUUAGAUGCAAGCAGUUCCGAAAGUGAUAUUCGGUGUUCGGGUAUCAUUGCCAAUAGCCCAAGAAGUCUCGAGACCGUCAAUCCUCUUCAGAAUAUUUAUGAUGAUCUACAGUUAUCUCACUUGAUUCCCUUCUUGGAUAAAAAUAUAAGAAGCCCGAAGUUAUUGGACCACAAAGACUCAGAAUCGACUUUGACGGCGAGUAGCCCGCGCGGAUUAACUGACGAUGAUAAAACCCAACCUGUUGAAGAAGAUGACGCUUGACAAACAUCUAAUCAACGACACUUGGAAUAAAAGGCAAUGUCUCCAGCGAACGACGUAACAGCAAUAGAAUAGCAUGCCAUGUCUGCUAUAGAACAGCCAAAUUAAUUUUAAUAAAUAGAAAAGGGUUAAAAAGCCAGUGGGGUCAAAUGAGGGUCGCAGGAUUCGAAAAGUUUGAUUCUGGAGCGCUAACCACUGAGCACCUCGCUCAUUUAAAAAAAAAGUGGACCUCAGAUCCCUCAUUUCAAAAUGACU